UCUUCUUCUAAAGUUUUCAUUCAAGAAGGUAUUGCAAAGAUUUCUGGUUUUGAUCCUCCCAAUCUACGUAACUCUCCGUCGGGAAGUGAAUACAGCAAUGCGUACACCGAGUCAAUAUUUGGUAGUCGACAUGGGGGAAAAUCUGACAUACUCAAUCUCGGGUUAAUACUAAAGGAGAUUUCUAACGGUGAAGUUAUAUGUGGAUCGGGCAACAGCAAAGGCAAAUCUUUUUUCGAAACUCCCGAAGGUUAUAUCGAGCUAUAUUCUAGUUGUUGUGAUGAGGAUCCGGAGAAACGACCAACUUGCGAAGAUGUCUAUAAAAACCUGGAGUUGCUAUUUGAGCUAAAGAUGGAAGAUAGUUCAGCCCAGUGUUCGCACGUUGAUGACUACAAACAUUUACCGAGUAAAUUUUCGAAAUCAUUGAAGAUCGAAUCUGAUGAUGAGUUGAGCCCGAAAGAUGUAACCCAUC